AUGACCAUUCAGCUCCUCAUGCGACCUUCAGCCCCAGAAGAUAUAUGGCCAAUGGAAGGCUCGAGCGGUGCUGUUUGGUCUGCACGUUGGGCCAGUCGAGACCGCGAAACCGGUGGGAACAAUGCUAUUUGCACCUUGGAAUGA